GUGGCUCCCGGGGAUCCCAGAACGAUACGUGGUCGACGACUCAGGCCUGGUGCUUCUGCCCCAGGGAUGGUGCCUGGAAGCCCAUUGCUUCCAUGCUGAGAGCCCGGACAAACCACACCAGCGCCGUCCUCAAUGGUGAGAUCUACGUCCUUGGCGGGACGACGGUGGAUGCGGUGGAGGUGGAGCGCUAUGACCCCUACAACAAGAGCUGGUGCGCCAUCAGCCCAGCCCUCAAGUAUGUGAGCAAUUUUGCGGCCGCCAGCUGCUUGGGCAAGCUCUACCUGGUGGGCUCCUGCGCCGUCAAGUACAAUGCGCUCACCCUGCAGUGCUACAACCCUGUCCAAGAUUUGUGGAGUGUGAUCACGUCCCCCUUCAUCCCCAAGUACCUCUCGGCCCCGCGUUGUGCCACCCUACACGGGCUCAUCUACCUCAUCGGGGACAACACCAAGAAGGUCCACGUGUACAAUCCGGAGGCCAACAUCUGGCAGAAGGUGCAGCUCCUGCACACGCUCCACGAGAACGGUGGGAUGGUGCCACUGGGCAACUGGCUUUUUGUCACUGGUGGCCACUGGAAAGGCAUGGACGGGGACUACCGGGUGGAAAUGGAGGUGUAUGACUGCACCAAGGACCUCUGGACACGGGAGGGCUCCCUGCCCUGCCUCUGGCUCUUCCACAGCUCCUCCUCCAUCUUCCUGGACACCUCCAAGUGGACGGAGCCUUUCCAGGGUGACCAUGGGUGGUAG